AUGGAUCUCGGCGAAUCAAUAGGCAAUGAUGAGAAAACCAGCAAUCACCAACGUCAGCGUGUGGAUGGCUUCAUCAUGCACAUAAGUGCGUUAAGCAAAGCCUUCUAUGAAAGUGGUGCUCCGAAUCUAAAACGGUUGUACAUUGAGACGGGAUAUAAUCGCGGCACACAGCCUCUGGUCGAGCAGGCCAACUGCUAA